ACGAAUAUGCACUGUUUUUUUUUUUUUUUACAUUUAGAGGUUGAGCUUUUAGGUGUAUAAAGUUGAAGAAAUUAAGAAAUAGGAGACUGAAUGAUGUACGUGACUCGUGCCAGGGGUAAUCAAUUAGGAAGUACAUUUAGGUAAUUUCAUGUUAAUGUGUCGAAUCAUCACUGACUAAUUUUGACUGACUGAAAUUAAGAUAGAGCAACAAUUUCUUCUACUUUCUUAUACAAAAGGUUUUUCAUCUUAAUCUUUUCACUCGCUGUAGUAGUUCAAUUCAAAAGCUUUAUGCCUUAAUCUAGAUCUACAGGGUGUUGGAUUAAUAUCAAUAUGGCGGUGGCUUUGUCGGAGUGAAGUCUAGUAUUUUUAUCUGCUUUGACAUAUGUUGAGCCGUGGGAUGAGCGAGAUCGAUCAAUAUUAUACUAAACAGAAAACUGAAGAGGUUAUUUUGCUGGGUGUUUGUCUGGAUUUUUGAUAAGCGAACUUGGGUCAUGCGAAAAACAGAGCGAUCACCAGUGUUAUCUUUGACAUUAUCGCUGUCAUCAGAUAGACUUUUCUCCCGUAUAACAGGGAUUUUCUAAAAAAAAAACCUGUAUAAAAUAAGCGGCCACCCUCCAUUCAACGGUCGCUAGUCAAAAUGUUCUCUAUUUACUGAAAAAUUGACCCCCUAUUUAGGGGUCACUAAGCGGGCGCGGUUGCCUAAAGAUGAUCUUAGUAUAAAGAUCUCCUUAGUAAAAAGAUCAUCUAUAUAUAAAGUUCUCCUUAGUAUAACGAUCAUCUAGUAAAAAGAUCUUCUUUUAGUAUAAAGAUCAUCUAGUAUUAAGAUCAACUUCAUAUAAAAAUCAUCUUGGAAUAAAGAUCAAGAUCAUCUUAGUAUGAAGAUCACCUAGGUAAAUAUCAUCUUAGUAAGAUCGUCUUAGUAUAAGUACUCAAAAGCCAAAAAAUUUGCCUUGAAUGCAAAUGACAUUAUGAAACUAAUGAUUCUCAGGCAUCAUUCAAAGAAGUAGAUGGCCUUGAACAUGCAUAUAAAGUUAUUUGAUAUAUACUAUUUAUUGGAAUAUUUGCCUGUGUUUUCGUUAAAAUGUACGGGUCGAAAAGGAGAUGGCAGGAUUUCUUAUUAUAGCAAUUAAGAUAUGUUGAAAAAAAAUCGAUCAGUAGAAACAUCUGGAAUUACAAAUGAAUGCCUUUUUUUCAAAAUCCAGGUGAAACGCAGAAAAGCACUGAAACAGUGUUUGAACAAGUUUCGAUAAAACCAAAAUCCUAGAAGGGAAGUGAAAGACAAUGGAGAAACGAGCCCUUUGAAUCCAUCAAACGGUGAUCACACCAUAAAUGCACAAGUAACUCCUUAAUGUGCGAAAACCUGUAUCUUUUCACAACCAAAAUACACCAACAAUCAACUUUUCGUAAGCCGAGCACGCGAAACACAAAGCACAGACCGCAAAGCAUUGAUGAAAAGCAUGUGCCAUGAGUGACUAGGUACAGCGGUAUUUGACCUUGACCGUAUAGAACUCAAAAUUGAGUGAAAGGAUGCAUCUCUUUUGCCCUUUGUUGUGCGCUAACUCUGCCCUUAAAUAGCCAGCAGGGACUGGGUUAAGAAAGCCCAUGAUGCCUCCGUUAUACGCAUUUCCAUCGGCUAAUUUUUUCAAAUGUAAACAAUAACAAAGGGGCGGUUGAUCGAAAUUCUUUAAUUGCAAACUCUCAAAUCUGUCAAGGUGCCCACGGGAGCCGUGGUCGCAUUGUUGUUGUCAUAUUGGUCGUCUUUUCGGUCGUGUAUAUCUUGGCCAAAACCAUGAUUUCCACGGUCAUCUCGGUGGUACAGCGGAAUCAUUUCUCAUUAGUGAUUAGAUAUUAUAGUUUUUUUUAUGAUCACACCAAUUGGCCAUCCUUUCUGUAACCACACCCCCCUCCCCCAAACAAAAUGGUCUAGGCACGCUUGUAGGCUUCAAACCCAAAUGCUAGCCGUGUAAAGUACAGUUAAGCAGCGUGUGUGCAUGCGCUUAGCGAUUCGUCUAGAGGCAUUCUUCACAGCUGUGUCUCAUUUGCAUUUGUGCUUCCCUCUCGCCACAACUCGUCCGUUCCUGUAUGUUGAUUGACAGCCCAGCCAAUGAUAACAAUCGCAUGAAAUGUGACCCGCGCCUUUUCUGUUCUAUAAGUGGUAUUUUUCUGUCUGCCUCUUUCAGGAAUAUUUAACUGAGGGCUUGAAAACUUGGACAAAAUAUCAGUGGGGUCGUGCAAUAGGAAAGGUAUGUUCUGGAUUUGAGGUAGAAAUAAAAUAUCUGCAACAAAAUGUAAGUUUAACUGCAGGGCAUAAAGUCACUAAUGUCAGGUUUGAUUUUCUUGUAGUUGUAACGGGAACUGUUUCAUUGUCAGUGAAGCAUGCAUGUGGUUCAUGCUCUAAGUUCUUUGUUAAGUCUUUAUUCAAUUUUCUUUGAAUUGAAAGAGCUUUAUGCAGAAAUAUCCGCUUAAAGGUUAUCAGCAAUAUUAUUGUGCUUGACUGCAGAAUGAAUGAUCCUACUAGGCGAAUUUUAAGCCAUUUUUAAUCCAUGACUUACAUUUGCAAGCUUGACGGUAUCCAAUCUUGUUCUAUGAAAAUUUGGAGAUUGAAAACAGUUUGACAUAAUGGCUUAAUUUGAGGUAUGCUUGAAUCAAGAAUUAUCUGAGAAUCAGUCUUACAAAUUCACUAAAAAAUGCAUAAACAACACAUCAUUGAAGCGCCGAUUAAAUGCACUGUGAAUUAUUCUGAGCCUAACAAGAAUCCAAUGGCAAAUCCUCCCACAAUACAAAAACAAACAGACAAUAAACGAGAUAUGGAGUAGUUUUCAUAUUGACGCGAGCGCGGCGAAAGUGCAAUAUCUGAUUGUUAUUGUUAUGGAAUGAAAUUCCUCUUUUCGCAGCGGACGCUAUAUAACUUCAGUUUCCCAUUAAAUGCGUCCACAGGGCUAGUUUCCCUUCUUCGUUGAGCGCAAUUACCUCGGUGCCAUUAGAAGCAAAAAGUGCCUUUAGGCCCUCAGUCUUCGCGUCAGAAAAGAAUAUAAUGCGAAGGGAGUUUCUGAGCCAUGAAAUGUGCGCUAUUUGCAAUUGGGGUUUAGCUUAUGUUUCACUUUCGAUCGCACGCGUACAGGAAUUAAAAAUUGCGGCGUGGCUUUCACUCAACAUAGCAUCAAUAUUUCUGUCGUUUUAUCGACACGGUGAUACUGUCAUUUGAAACCAAUUUGGCGCCAAUUCCUAUUGGAAUAUUACUAGAACAUACCUUAUAUUUUGAUAGCCAUAUUAUUAUUUUUUUUCGGCUAGGGUUAAGUUAUCUGUGGCAGAUGUUUCCAGGAAGUUAUCGUUUUCAGUAAAGAAAAUGCCCUAGAAAAGCAUCUCUGUAAACAUUUACUUGAAUAAGGUCUUGAAUAAGGUUUAGUGGUACUUUGAAAUUAAAAAACAAACGGAAAUCUCGUUUCGGUUUGUCUUGAGUAAAGUGUAAAGGUUAUUUAUCGAAACGCGCGGAGGAUAGCUACUAUUUGAUAAUCGAAUACAUUUAAAAUAAGAUUAAAAGCAAAUGCGUUUUGUAUUCUGUGAUGCUAUCUUGAUCAAACAAGUGCGAAGGCACUUUUCCGGCGACAUAUGACAGGGUGUUGGACUUGUUAAAAUCUACGUUCGCGGCAAAGCACAGAGAAAAAGUGAAUAUACAAGCGUGUCAACACUAGCAUAACGGAUCUUAUUCGAUGCGCACGUGUGUGUUGACAUGGCAACAUCAAAGAAAUACCUUCGUACGCUGAAGAGCACAUAGAGAAAUGGGAGUACGAGCAGUUUUAACUUUACGUGCGUACUCGUCAUACGAUGACUUGGCAACAUGAGUGAAAUUGCUAAAAGUUUUACGAUACCACAGACGUGUGAUGGGGCAGAGUCCAUGAUUUGUUCACGUGAGAUCAAGCAAAUAACAUUAAUUGAUAACUGGAUCAGUAGCGUACCCAGGACUGGCUGAACCAUAGGGCACGUGUCUAGAAAAAAAAUCCCGGAUGGAUGGUAACUUGACGUGUAACCUGAGUACGAACGGGUCAGCGGGCUUGCUCGAAGGCGCGUCGAGUUUCAGCAUUGCGUUACAGGUGACGUUUCUGGCACUCGUCAUCCUGAUAGCCGUUGUGGCGAAUGGCUUCGUUUGUUUGGUCAUUUACAAGACGCCAGCUCUCCAUAAUGUCAUCAACAUGUUCCUCGUCAGUAUGUCAAUCUCAGACCUCCUUCACGCCAUACUCAAAAUGAGCACCACCCUCGUUUCCACGCUGUAUCGUGAUUGGUACCCUCACAAAGCCAUUUGUUACGUCACCACACCGUUUGGCGUGCUAUUCGGCGCGGCGUCCGUCUUUAACCUCUGCGCAGUCGCAGUUAAUCAAUAUUUCGUGAUAGUAAAACCACUACAUUACCCUCUCUUGAUGACUUAUACGCAUGCGCGAAGGGUAAUUACCGCUUUAUGGCUGGGAAGUAUCGUCAUAUCCACACCACCUAUAUUUUGGCGCUCGGCAAAAACAAUUUGUCGAAGCGGGGCAGUGUCCCAACAGGACUAUAUUUCUGAGGUGUGCUACAUAGGGGCUUUAUGGACCUUCGUGAUCUUCAUCCCCUCUGUGGUUAUGACCUGGGCAUACUCAAACAUCUACGUCACAGCUAGGAACCAAAUCAAACGUAUGCGCCUUCAGAAUGGUGUCAGCGGUGGGAUCACAAAGACUCGUAAAAAAGAGCUACGUGUAGCGGCACUGCUUGCGUUGAUUGGUGGUAUUUUCAUCAUCUGUUGGGUCCCAUUUUUCAUAGUUAUGACUCUAGUCAAGUUUUCAGACAUAAGCGUAGAUAGGGAGUACUUUAAGAUAUUUCUAUUUGUGAUGUACGCUAAAUCGGCUAUCAACCCGCUACUCUAUACAGUAAUGAACUACGAUCUCAAGCUGUCGUGCAAGAGGUUUUUGAUGCGGAAAAGACUUGCACACAGAGAGAGCAUGUUACUGAUGAGGACGUAUUCAGAUAAAAGUCGUGUAAACGGCAGUAAUGAAGAACCUUCGGCCGUGUAGCUUACCCCCCCCCCCCCCCACCCCCUAGGAUUACCAUCAUUACUACAAGGCCAAUGCAAUGAAGUCUCGAUGUUCAAGCCUGUGAUCAAUAUAUGUAUUUAAGUGCCUUGGUACCAAUCCAGUUGUGUUUCGAAUCUGUGAUAGCUGCUCUUUAUUAAACCUUUUUAGUUCAAA